CCGGCGAGGAGCGCAGCCGCCGCCGCUCGCUCGCCCUGCCGCUGCCUGCCCGGCCCGGCCCGGCCCGGCCCUCGCCAGCUCGAGAGCGCGGCGCGGAGUCCCCCUCGGGCGGCCCCGUGCGGGGCGCUUUCCCCGGCUGGGCUCGGGGCACCUGCUGCCUGCCGCCGCCGGGAUGGGCCCUCGCUGACCCGCGCCCGGGCGAGCCUCUCCACGCACCGCGGAGCGCCUUCCUCCAGCAUGGGCAGCAAAGAGCGCUACCACUGGCAGACCCAGAAUGUCAAACAAAGCGGGGUGGACGACAUGGUGCUCCUCUCCAAGAUCAACGAGGAGGCCAUCGUGGAGAACCUCAAGAAGCGGUUCAUGGAUGACUACAUCUUCACGUACAUCGGUCCAGUGCUGAUUUCUGUGAAUCCCUUCAAGCAGCUGCCGUAUUUUACCGACCGCGAGAUAGACAUGUACCAGGGGGCGGCUCAGUAUGAAAACCCUCCGCACAUCUACGCGCUGGCUGACAACAUGUAUCGCAACAUGCUGAUCGACGGGGAAAACCAGUGCGUCAUUAUCAGCGGAGAGAGCGGGGCAGGCAAGACAGUGGCGGCAAAAUACAUCAUGGGCUACGUUUCCAAGGUUUCUGGCGGAGGCCCCAAAGUGCAGCACGUGAAAGAGAUCAUCCUGAAGUCCAACCCGCUCCUAGAGGCCUUCGGGAAUGCCAAGACAGUCCGCAAUAACAACUCCAGCCGAUUUGGCAAAUAUUUUGAGAUCCAGUUCAGCCGAGGAGGGGAACCGGAUGGGGGCAAGAUUUCCAACUUCCUGCUGGAGAAAUCUCGUGUGGUGAGCCAGAACCCAGGAGAGAGGAGCUUUCACAUCUACUACCAGUUGCUGGAAGGCGCCUCCCCAGAGCAGCGAGAAAAUUUGGGUAUCACCUCCCCAGACUAUUACUACUACCUCAACCAGUCUGCAGCCUACAAGGUGGACGACAUGAAUGACCACCAGGAGUUCCAGGAGACGCUGACGGCCAUGGACGUGGUGGGCCUCUCGGGGGAAGAGCAGGCCCUGGUGCUCCAGAUUGUGGCCGGCAUCCUCCACCUGGGCAACAUCGCCUUCCGGGAGUCCGGCAACUAUGCUGUGGUGGACAGUGAAGACUUCUUGGCAUUCCCCUCCUACCUUCUGGCCGUCGACCAGCAACGCCUCCAGGAGAAGCUGACCAGCCGCAAGAUGGACAGCAAGUGGGGCGGGAGGCAGGAAGUCAUCGACGUGACGCUGAAUGUCGAGCAGGCCAACUUCACCCGAGAUGCGCUCUCCAAGGCCCUCUAUGCGCGCCUCUUCGACUACCUGGUGGAUGCUGUCAACAAGGCGAUGCAGAAGGACCACCUGGAAUACAGCAUCGGCGUUCUCGAUAUCUACGGAUUUGAGAUCUUUCAGAAAAAUGGCUUUGAACAGUUUUGCAUCAACUUUGUGAAUGAGAAGUUACAGCAGAUCUUCAUUGAGCUAACGCUGAAGGCCGAGCAGGAAGAAUACGUCCAGGAGGGCAUCCGCUGGAACCCCAUUGAUUACUUCAACAACAAGGUCGUGUGUGACCUCAUUGAGAACAAAGUGAAUCCCCCAGGGCUCAUGAGCAUCCUAGAUGACGUCUGCGCCACCAUGCACGCCAAGGGGGAAGGCGCCGACCACACCCUGCUGCAGAAACUCCAGACGGCCCUGGGCACCCACCCCCACUUCAACAGCUGGAACAAGGGCUUCGUCAUCCACCACUAUGCAGGCAAGGUGUCCUACGACGUGGAGGGUUUCUGCGAGCGAAAUCGUGAUGUGCUCUUUACGGACCUUAUUGAGCUGAUGCAGAGCAGUGAGCUCUCCUUCAUCCGAGACCUGUUUUCAGAAAACCUGAAUGCAGAGAAGAAAGGACGUCCCACCACCGCCGGCAGCAAAAUCAAGAAACAAGCCAACGACCUGGUGGGCACCUUGAUGAAGUGCACCCCCCACUACAUCCGCUGCAUUAAGCCCAACGAGACCAAGAGACCCCGCGACUGGGAGGAGAGCAGGGUGAAGCACCAAGUGGAAUACCUGGGGUUGCGGGAGAACAUCCGGGUGCGCCGAGCUGGCUACGCUUAUCGGAGGGCCUUCCGGAAAUUUCUCCACAGAUACGCCAUCCUGACACCACAGACGUGGCCUUCCUGGCGUGGAGAUGAGAGGCAGGGCGUGGUGCACCUGAUGAAGGCUGUCAACAUGGAUGCCGAUCAGUACCAGCUGGGCCGGACCAAGGUCUUCAUUAAAGCCCCCGAAUCGCUCUUCCUUCUGGAGGAGACGCGGGAGCGCCGUUAUGACGGCUACGCCCGUGUCAUUCAGAAAGCCUGGCGCAAGCAUGUGGCCGUGCGCAAAUACAUCCGGAUGAGGGAAGAAGCUUCCAACAUUGUCCUGAACAAGAAGGAGCGGCGGCGAAAUAGCAUCAACCGCAACUUCAUGGGUGACUACAUUGGGUUGGAGAACCAGCCGGAGCUGCGGCGCUUUGUGGGCCGGCGGGAACGCGUGGACUUCGCAGACACCAUCGUCAAGUACGACCGGCGAUUCAAGACGGUGAAACGAGACCUGAUCCUCACCCCCAAAUGUCUCUACUUGAUUGGCCGCGAGAAGGUGAAGCAAGGGCCGGAGAAAGGGAUGAUCAGGGAGGUCCUGAAGAGGCAGAUCGAGUUGGAGAGGAUCCAGUCGGUCUCCUUGAGCACGCUGCAGGACGACUUCAUGAUCAUUCACGAGCCCCAGUACGACAGCGUCCUGGAGUCGGUGUUCAAGACGGAGCUGCUGAGCUUGCUCUGCAAGCGUUACGAAGAAAGGACCCAGAAGCCGCUGGCGGUCAAGUUCAGCAACCAGCUGGAGUUCAAGGUGAAGAAGGAUGGGUGGGGCCCUUGGGGAGCUGCCGGGUCCCGUCAAAUCCAGUUCCAGAUCUGCCAGGGGGACUUAGCUCUCCUCCGCAACAACGGCAAAGUGCUGGUCGUCAGCAUUGGACCUGGCUUGCCCCGAAACGCCCGGCCCACCCGGAAGGAUGCCAGGAAGAGCCAGUACCCGAGUGGGGCCCCUGCCUUGGGCUGGAACGCCGCGACCGCUGCAGGCCCGAAGGGACACGGCCGGGGCGGUGGCGGAGGGGCCAGGGCGCAGCAGCCUCGCCUAUCCAUGUCCCGCCAGGUCAGCAUGGAGCAGCCCAGCCUGCCCCGACAAGGGGCCAGCCCCAGAGCCAAAGCGGCCCCCUCCCAUCUCAACCUGGACUUCAUGAACGUCCCGGACCAGGGCGUGGCUGGCCUGCAGCGGCGCCUCUCCAAGGAAGCCAAGCCCGUCCCAGGAGGAGGCCGGGCCAAGCCCAAGCCUAGGCCCAAGCCUCAGCCUCGCCUCCCGCAGUGCCGGGCGCUGUAUGCCUACGAUGCUCAGGACACGGACGAGCUCAGCUUCAACGCAGACGACUUCAUUGAAAUCAUCAAGGAAGACCCUUCCGGCUGGUGGCAGGGUCGCAUCCGGGGCAAAGAAGGCUUGUUCCCAGGGAACUACGUGGAAAAGAUCUGAGGGGGAGAAGUCGCUCCAGCUCAAGCAGGGGAGGUGAGAGGCCGCCCCCUCCUGCUCGCCAGCUGCUCUGCUCUUUGCCACAAGACUGCCGAGGACCACGCCGGACCCAGGAGGGCGCUGGCUGUGGGAGGUCCCCCCCAGGCAUCUUCCUCCAAAAUCUGUCACAAUCAGGAGAGCACGUGGCACCUUGGGAAAUGGGCAGGGCGGGUUACCGCCACUCCUUUGAAAUCCCAGCUGGGAUGGAAGGCCUCCUUUUUCUUCUAUUGUGCAAAGACAACGGAAAUUAUUUUGUACACUAACUGCUGCUUCCUCGCCCCUGUGCACGGCCCUGCCUUGCAAGCGACGCAGAGUAAUUCCAGCAUCCCGGGACUUUGGCCCAGAGACUGUGGGGAGGGAUACCUGCCUUUCGGCUGACUCUGGACCAAAAGGGAGAAGACAGGCACCUGGGGCUGUGACUGUCGCAUCAAGCGAAAAAUGUCCAGGCAGGGGGUCAAAGAAACUGCUGAGCAACGCUUCUCAUGGGAGACUUUUGCCUCUGUUAUACAGAGGGGCAGGCGGAUUGGAAACUCUGCAAGGGCAAGAGAAAUGUAUUCUUUGCGAGAGCUGCGGGUGGAUUGACUAGAAGCCACCUGAAGCUCAAGCCUCAGUUGGAGAGGGCAGUGCGCAAUCUGGAGGAGGGGCAAGUGCGGGGGGGGGGCUUGGAAUAAA